CCAGGAUCACAGACACGGCGGCAGGCUCGUGAGCGUGGCCUGAGUCGAAGGGGGGUCCCAGUCCUGUGAGCGUGUGUGUGUGUGCAGCUAUGGGAAAGGACUACUACAAGAUCCUGGGCAUCCCCAAGGGCUCCAAUGAGGAGGAGAUCAAGAAGGCCUACCGGCGCAUGGCGCUCAGGUUCCACCCUGACAAGAACAAGGAUCCCAACGCAGAAGAGAAGUUUAAGGAGAUCGCCGAGGCCUACGAGGUGCUGAGCGACCCCAAAAAGAGGGUCAUCUAUGACCAGCUGGGAGAGGAAGGUUUAAAGACAGGAGGCAAUAGUUCCUCUGGUGCUCCUGGCAGCACAACAUACCACUACACCUUCCAUGGAGACCCCCACGCCACCUUUGCCUCAUUCUUCGGCGGCUCCAAUCCGUUCGACAUGUUCUUUGGCUCCAGCCGCAACCACAACCGCUCCAACGGCUUCUCCUUCCACAACGACCACAGCAACGACACGGAGCAGGACGUGGACAUGGACGAUGACGACCCCUUCACUCACUUUGGGCGACAGUUUGGCUUCCCAGGGGGGAUGAACAAUGGCUUCCCAGGGGAGGGGCGCAGGCGGCGGGGCGUGCAGUCAGAGCGCCUGGGGGCCGGCCGCAAGCAGCAGGACCCCCCGGUGGUCCACGAGCUGAAGGUCUCGCUGGAAGAGAUCUUCCACGGCUGCACCAAGCGCAUGAAGAUCACCCGCCGCAGGCUCAACCCAGAUGGGAGGAGCAUGAGGACGGAGGACAAGAUCCUCAACAUCGUCAUCAAGAAGGGCUGGAAGGAGGGAACCAAGAUCACCUUCCCGAAGGAGGGGGACGAGACCCCCGAGAACAUUCCUGCCGACAUAGCAUUUGUGCUCAAGGACAAAGGACACACCCACUUCAAGAGAGAUGGUUCCAAUAUCAUUUAUAACUGCAAGAUCAGUCUGAAAGAGGCGUUGUGUGGCUGCACAGUGAGCAUUCCCACGCUGGAUAACCGCGUUAUCUCGCUGCCCUGUCACGAGAUCAUCAGACCAGGCACGGUGAAGCGGCUGCGAGGGGAAGGCCUGCCUUUCCCCAAGAGCCCGUCACAACGCGGCGACCUCAUCGUGGAGUUUUCAGUCCGUUUUCCUGACAGGAUACCCCCUCAGUCCAGAGAGAUUAUCAGACAGCACCUUCCCCAGUCGUAGGAAGACUCAUCCCCGUCCACACGCGCAGAGAAACCAUCCCAUAAUGCUCCUUCUUCCUCUCAACUCCCAGCAGCCGACAUUUUCUUUGAUCCUGACCUUCUGACCCUUACUCCUAGUUACCUCCUAGUUACCCCUUCCCUUCCAGUCCCCACGUCCUGUGUUCAGACACACAGUGUUAAACAGACACUCUUGUUUAUAGGGGGAGACAGAAGUGCCAGGAGGAACGGCAGUACCAGGGGGUGUUUGUUUGUGUUUGUUUUGUCUCACGGCCCAAGCACACACAAGCACCCAAGCAGCGGAGCGGUGCUGAGGAAGGGCUCAGCACAAUUUUGGCUUUUACCGGAGCUCAUUUUCGGAACUCUCUUUUUUUAAUGGAUUUAUCAAUGGUUUUAUAUGCCCUCCAGCUCUCCCGCCCGGUCCUCGUCUUUUUUGUGAUAGGAUGAAGCAUAUUUUUUAAAGAAAGAUUUUCCAGGGUUUUCUUUUCCAAAGGAAGUUUCAAAUAGGAUUAUUUAUUUUUACCUUGAGUGUACCAGCAACUUCAGUGGCUUCAGUGUGUUCAGUGCGUACCCUAGUUUGACCUUAACCCGCAGUGCCACCUGUCUCUCCCCUGCUACUAGAGGAUUUGUGCAUGAACUCUAUGGGCCAUUAACUGUCUAUUUGAAACGGUCUCCCCCCAAAUCAGCUGCAUUCUGGUGCGUGUAAUGCCAAAACACACUUAAAGUCCCACACUACUUCAGAUAAUAUGGGUAUAUCUCAGCUGUAUCGGGAAAUCUGGGAAUGACAAUCACAUGACAGCAAUGUAAGCUUGGCAAAUACAAUCUACACGUAAUGUGGGUGCUUACCCUUCUGAGCUUUAUGGCCACUCUGAAUUGAACUGCCUAGCUCACUAUCUGAGGGACAUUUAAGUGCCUUAGCCCAGUGUCACACACACAUAAACAAACCACAUAUGAACACGCACAACUCAUACUGUAAUAUACAAACAGCCAUUUUAGGUGCACAGAGUCAAAGGGGCACAAUGGACAAUAUCCUAUGCUUUGUGAUACAAAUUAAUUAGGAGCUGGUGAUCUUGUAAUUUCAGUAAUGGCGAGUAAGCAAUGUACACCAUAUACAGUACUGUAUUGUAAGCAAGGACAAUAAACACUUUUUUGGGAGAGAUUUGAUACAAGACUGAUACCUUUUGCCAAUGCAGGCCUGUAAAGUGCCCUACAGCGCAGCUUGGAUUUCCCAAAAGGAUUUUAGCAAGACGCUCGUCUGUGUUGCAUUUCAGCUGCAGGCUGAACGACAGAUGAGCUACUGCAAGGAUUCCUCGGGGAAACCCAGCUGUGUUGUCUAAGUUCUGCUUUUUCUUGUGGCAUUUGAAGGCCAUGUCUUGGUGCUACUGUGAGCAGUGCCAAAAAUAGACUGCCUUGGAGUCUAACUUUUGGUUUUCAUGGAAUCCUUAAGUUGUGAUUUGAUAAUUGCUUCCGUCUUCUGUAACAUCUAUAUAUGUGACUGUACAUCGGUUUUUGAAAUGGAGAAACCCAUUUAGCCAACAGGUUUUAUAACACUGCAGCAGUUGUUCUCCAUUUCGGCUACAGGGGGCUCUAAAAGCUCUCCUCAGCUCUUCCUACUGUAGUUUACACCAAUUAUAACAUGUAUGUAUGAGUAUGGUUUAUACACACAGCCCUGAGGGGUCAUAUUUAUCAUGUGUAUGGGAAACUGUUUGAAUGCAACAUGUGGAUUGAUGCACUUUUUAUGUCAGAAGUGGUAUUGGCAGAUUUUGAGAUUAUUAUCAGAGAGACUUGAGUUGACUAAAAGCUCUGACUUGCCUGUGUGUGUGUGAGUCCUGCCUCGCAGAGCCUGCAGGGACACUGGACUGUGGCUACAACCAGAAUGCAUGUGUACCGCUGCUGAAAGACUCACUGUCACUGCUUUUAUGCAUUGGACAAUGUUUAUGGUUGUUUUAAA